CGGGCCUGCUGGGACGGCAAUGGCGGUGGCGCUGAAGGGCGUCCGGGCGGCGGCCGCGGCCGCCUCCGCCGGCGGGCGGGGCCUGGCGACCUCGGCGGCGCGUCUGCAGAGGCCGGGCCAGGCGGAGAGCGCCCGCUCGGAGGGGACGUUCCCGGUGACGAUGCUGCCGGGGGACGGCGUGGGCCCGGAGCUGAUGCACUCCGUCAAGGAGGUCUUCAAGGUGGCGGGCGUCCCGGUGCAGUUCGACGAGCACCAUCUGAGCGAGGUGCAGAACAUGGCCUCGGAGGAGAUCCUGGACCGGGUGCUGGACUCCAUGAGGAAGAGCAAAGUGGCCCUGAUAGGGAAGAUUCAUACCCCCAUGGAGUACAAAGGGGAAUUGGCCUCCUACGACAUGAGGCUCAGGCGCAAGCUUGAUCUCUUUGCCAAUGUGGUCCGUGUGAGCAGCCUGCCUGGCUAUAAAACGCGGCACAACAACUUGGACCUGGUGAUCAUCCGCGAGCAGACAGAGGGCGAGUAUAGUUCCCUGGAACAUGAGAGUGCAAAGGGUGUCAUUGAAUGCCUGAAGAUCAUCACACGGGCCAAGUCACAGCGCAUUGCCAAGUUUGCCUUUGAUUUUGCCACCAAGAAGGGGCGUUCCAAGGUCACUGCAGUGCACAAGGCCAAUAUCAUGAAGCUGGGCGAUGGGCUCUUCCUCCGCUGCUGUGAGGAGGUGGCUGAGCUGUAUCCCAGGAUCACAUUCGAGACCAUGAUCAUAGACAACUGCUGCAUGCAGCUGGUGCAAAACCCUUACCAGUUUGACGUCUUGGUCAUGCCCAACUUGUAUGGCAACAUCAUUGACAAUCUGGCAGCCGGCCUGGUGGGUGGGGCCGGUGUGGUCCCGGGGGAGAGCUACAGCGCUGACUUUGCCGUGUUUGAAAUGGGUGCCCGUCACCCCUUUGCCCAGGCCGUUGGGAGGAACAUUGCCAACCCCACGGCCAUGCUGCUUUCCUCAGCCAACAUGCUGAGGCAUCUGAACUUGGAGUAUCACUCCGCCAUGAUUUCAGACGCGGUGAAAAAGGUGAUCAAAGUUGGCAAGGUGCGGACACAGGACAUGGGCGGUUAUUCUACCACCUCGGACUUCAUCAAGUCUGUUAUUGACCACCUCCACCCCCACUAUGGUGUCUAGGCUCAGGCUGCCCCUGCCCCACACCUGCCCCACACCUGCCCCAGCAGGCCCCACCCCAGUAGCCUCUCCGGGCCAGACCCAGAUGGAGCUGCCCAGCCCCUGUUGGGGAAGAAACUUCUCCCGCCUCUUGGGGCGCUCAAGGCCCUGCGAAGGCCUAGUCUACUCCAGCUGGAAGGGACAGGAGCCGUGCCAGCCCAGCGGGAACGGCUUCCUUGAUUGCUAGCUGGUACUGGCUGUGGCUCCUGUCUUCCGGGGGUGGGGGUCCCUUCUCAGUAUAAGCCUUUGGCCCAGGAGAGAUCAGAAAAGUCACACACCAGGCAUUUCUAUAAAAAUAAUUUUAUUUACAGAAAGCAAACAUAUUCACAGGCUCUCAGUGAGAGCUGCUUAACUCUCUACAUGCCUACACAGAAGGGAAACUGAAACUAAAACAAGUCCAGGCAAGUUCUUCUCCCCAGGUGCAAAAAUUAACAUCCGAAAAGAGGACAAUUAAAUUCAACCUCUUCACCCGGCCAAAAUGAUUAGUUACCAUAGUAACCUUAAUCUGUAGCCAUUGUUGGGGGGGCGCUGUCUCCAGGGCCUUCUGCUCUGAGCCAUCCCCUUGGGAGCUCCGCCUCCUGUUGCAGCAGGCUGGCGAGAAAGGGUGUGGGGGGGUGUGGGUUACGGGAAGGGAAGCUGCCUCCCGAAGGGCUCUUGAAAUAACACCUGGGUGGUGGACGUGGUCCUUGCGGAGGCAGUUGGGCCCCCUAACUGGAGAGCAGCCUUUCAGCCCUGUGGAACACCAUCAGGAGGUUUUGCCAGAAUCUGCCCGGGGUGCUGGGGAGAGAGUUUGCCAUGUGGGCCAUCCUGGCUUUGGCGGUGAGUGGGCUUCAGGUGUCCUCAGUGUGACAGCUUUCUGGGGGCUCAGCCCAUGUGCGUGAUGUGUAAUCUAUGGCUGCUGUCUAGUCUGCUUGCAAAUAAAAGGGAUUUUUCA